UUUUUCUGCAGUUCUUAUCAGUGAUGCAGACUCGGUGAGAAAAAUCGGUUUUCGUUUCGGGAUAAGUGGAAAAUGUGGGAGAUAAUGUAGUGAUAGAGUUCCUUUCAAGGAUUCGUAGGGAACUAGCAUAGUGCAGUGUGAUGAAGUGGAUAGUUCUUCUGUGAAGAAAAAGUUGUCUCGGUCAGCCGGGAAAGAGGAAAAAUCAUCCGGACGACUUAGUUAACAGUCGGGAACCAAGUGUUGUGAAAAAUUAAUUGUAUAUUAGGGUAGUUAAGGGAGGAGCGUCAUAAUCACUAAACAAAAGCCGUAAUUCGAUUUAUGAAAUCUAAAGCCAUUGUGGAGCCUAUUAUUCACUUUUUUAGAGGAUCCUUUUAAUGGGCUUUUCUCGCUCUUGUCUUUUUGUCCGUAAUACGAAAAGGGGAACCGAGACAUAUCCCUUGGGCAAAUAUUAUUCAUGAGGAUAUUGUACAUCACACACACUGCUGCGCCAUAUAUCCUGCCUGGGGUAUAUGCAAUCCAAACAACGUCGGCGUGCUCUAAUAAGGAAACAUGUAGUGCGAAAUUCAAUAGUGUGCAGUGAGAGAUCCUUAUUGGAGUGUGUCACGAGCGAGUGUAUUCGCAGGCUCAACAUCCUUCUGGUCGACGGUUUCGGUGUUAUUUAGCACACCACUUGUUCAGUGGUAGUGGUGAGGUUGGUGUACUUUUGCAGUCCAUUCGUGCGAGUUGCCUUGAGUUUUGUGAAAAUUUGUUGAAAGUGCGGUCACAGUUACAAAAUUAUGAAAGAAAAUUGUAUCAGGCUGACCUGAGGGCAAAUCGCAGGCACUGUACGGAUGAGGCGCGAAUCAAAUUAAAAAGUGCAAUUCACAAAACCCGAUAAAUAUACCGAAAUCCAUUGAAGGAGCAACUGGGAUCCCAGCAUCAACAAUUAAGGAAGUGUGUCAUAUGCAAAGUGGGUACUUGUAUAAGUACUUAGGCCCGUCAAGGAUCCUUCCCUGCUGUGUGCCGUUCUCCUGUUCUCUUUAGCAUUAGCCUGAAGGAAUUAUAAAGAGAGAGCAGGCCUUAAGUGCCGUCGCUUCGUUGUGUAGAAUGAAUGUCAAGUAAUUUAUUAAUUAAUAACAUUAACACAGGUUAGAAAGUGCUCAAAUACUAAUUUUACGUACACACAAUAACCGCAAAAAUGAGUGAAUCUGCUCAGUUCGUUGACACAUAUAAAGUGCCUGUUAUUGCGAAACUUUUACAUGCCCUGCCUCAUUACAACAUCACAUUUCAUCGAAUAAAUAAUACAUUCCGACCGAACGAUGAGGUCUACCGUGAGAGCCUGGGCAUAUUGGCGUCAGCGCCCGCUGCACUUUUGAUUAUAUCCCUCCUCGGGUUGCUCCUUUAUUUAAUGACAAGAUGCUGUGAUAGAAAACCGAGACCAGCUCACUCAAUAACCAGCUUAAAGGUAGCUUUGUCAAUUGUUACAGUGAUGUGUUGUGCUGCAAUUGGUUUAGGAUUAUAUGGAAACGACGACUUACACAAUGGACUACUGGAAGUGCUAACAUCUGGACGGAAAGUCGACAAUUUAGUUAUUACUGUACGGAACCAGACAAAUAUGUUGGAGAGCAUUUUAACGACCAAGAUACGACCACAGCUUGUUGAAUUGGCAGAUAUAUUUGACCAGCCAGUAUCGAAUCAGACCGCAUUAUCUCUCCUAAUUGUCGCUUUAAACGUUGUUCAAGGCAACGUAACUUUGGCAACAAAUGCUGCAGGCGAUAUACGCCGUCCACUCAUGGGAAUUUCCAUGUCGGCUUUCCUUUCGAAAGGAGAUCAAUGGGAGCUGAUUCGAUGGCCUGGAACUGUUGCCGUGCUCGCUUUGCUAUUAGUCCUUUGUGCUGUGCUUUUAGUUGGAGUGGCACGACAUUCGCGUUGUGCUUUGAUUUUAUUUAGCGUUUGCGGGUUGCUUGCUGUUACCGGGUCCUGGUUAAUGUCUGGCUUAUACCUCUCGUCGUCUGUUGCCGUCGGAGAUUUAUGCAUUAGUCCUGCGGACUAUUUAGUCUCUGCCUCGCCGAGUGAGCUGCCGACAAAUGUACUAUUGCACUAUACCCAAUGCGAGCCUGGUCAUACGAAUCCUUUUACUCAACGAUUGCGAGAGUCACAGAAUGCAAUCAACAAUGCUCGAUCUGCAAUGGCUGUUGUCACGAAGGUUUCAAUGGUGCUUUUUAAAUCAUCGGGUUUACAACCAAAGCUGGGUGCCGUCACUGCCGAUUUAAAUAUGAGCGAACGUAUUCUAACGCAACUGACUGCCCUUGUAGACUGCAAAGCUAUACAUAAGAAUUAUUUGAUCGCUGCUCGAGGACUUUGUGAAGGCGGUCUUUUAGGCCUUGUUCUAAUGCUCAUCGCAAGUUUUAUUGCCGCCCUGUUACUCACUAUAAUGGUAUGGGUUGACUCCCAUACUUGGAUAUACAUACGAAAACGUAAUGAUUAUGCUCAAGUCGAGGAGCCGUCGUACAUUUCUCAUCAAGCGCCACAAAACCAUCAAGCAAUGAACGCUAGGACACUACCGCGAAAUCAUAAUGGUCAUUUCAGCCCACCGGCAAUUAGCGGCUCCCACACCCUACAGCAUCCACCGAGAAAGCAUGAAAUGAUGGCCGGUCAUCCUCAUCCCCAUCAACAGCAAAAUAUGAGAACAAUGGGUACUCAUACUUUGGGGCGAUUACCUUCUCACAACCACAGCCCAACUCAUCUUGCAGCCUAUUCCAAAGGACCCAAUAAUGGUAAAUACGCAACUUUAAGUAAACAAUGUAAGACAUUGGAAGCGAAUGAUUUUUACUGAAAAUCACCAGCCUGUAGCGAUCAAUCAGGACAUCAUCCACAGCCGCAGUUAUACUGCCAUCAUAUGCACGGUAGUCAUUCUCAUUCUCAUCAUCCCCAUCAGCAUCAUUCAGCACAUCAACAGCAACAACAUCACCAAAUC